CACGCCGCCCUGCGCCGCCCCGCCCCGCCCCGCCCCGCCCAGCACAGUGCACAGCCAAAUAGUCACGGAUGCUGGCGCAGCUGGCGGGCCUGGCCGCCCUGUGGUUCGUCAUGUGGCAGGUGUCGGCGCUUUCGGACACGCUAGACAUUUUCGACGACGGCAAGUCGGACAAAGAGAUUCUGGACAACCUGCUCACCAACACUCGCUACGAUAAGAGACUCCUGCCACCGGUUUCGGGGACCCUGACCGUUAACAUGAGUGUGCUGUUACUCAGCCUCGCUUCGCCCGACGAGAGCAGCCUGAAAUACGAGGUGGAGUUCCUGCUGCAGCAGCAGUGGCUGGACCCGCGGCUGCAGUACUCGAACAACAGCCGCUACGACUUCCUGAACGCCAUCCACCACCACAGCGACCUCUGGCUGCCCGACACCUACUUCAUCAUGCACGGCGACUUCAAGGACCCCCUCAUCCCCGUGCACUUCGCCCUGCGAAUCUUCCGGAACGGCACCGUCAACUACCUCAUGCGGAGACAUCUCAUCCUGUCCUGUCAAGGACACAUCGCCACCUUCCCGUUCGACGACCCCCAGUGCUCAUUCGCCAUGGAGAGUAUCUCCUACGAGCAGAACCAAAUCCGCUACGUGUGGAAGAACGACGAGGACACGCUGCGCACAUCGCCCUCGCUCACGUCGCUCAACGCCUACCUCAUCAAGAACUCGACCAUCCCCUGUCCGACCAAGGCCAGCUGGAGGGGGAACUACAGUUGCCUCAAGGUGGACCUCAUCUUCACGAGGGAUCGCGCCUUCUACUUCACCACGGUGUUCAUCCCAGGCAUCAUCCUGGUCACCAGCUCCUUCAUCACCUUCUGGCUGGAGUGGAACGCGGUGCCGGCCCGCGUCAUGAUUGGCGUGACAACAAUGCUCAACUUUUUCACCACGUCCAACGGCUUCCGGUCCACGCUGCCCGUCGUGUCCAACCUGACGGCCAUGAACGUGUGGGACGGCGUGUGCAUGUGCUUCAUCUACGCGUCGCUGCUCGAGUUCGUGGCCGUCAACUACGUGGGACGCAAGCGGCCGCUGCACAACGUGGUGUACCGGCCGGGCGAGAACCCCGUGACGCAGGCGCGUCACGCCAUGCGUGGGUCAGGAGCUGCGAGCGGCUCGUCGGCGGAGAAUGCGGGCGACAAGAAGGAGGGCUCGACGGCGCCCAGCGAGAUCGUCUCGUGCACCAACUGCGGGCCCAACCCCUGCACGCACCCCGCCAACAACGGAUGCGUCACGGAGGUCCGGAAGCGCGAGCCGCCGCACCCGAUCCGCGUGGCCAAGACCAUCGACGUUAUCGCCCGCAUCACCUUCCCCGCGUCCUACGCCAUGUUCCUCGUCUUCUUCUUCUACUACUACCCGAACCCGGGCAGCGACUGAGGGGCGGCGCGGCGGCGAGGGCGAUGCCGAACUAGCUGUGACAAGCACAACCACGAAGCGCCCACCAGGCGAGAGUGUGUGUGUGUGAGUGCGUGUGUGAGAGUGAGAGUGUGAAUGAGUGUGUGAGUGUGCCAGCUACAGCUGUCCAACUUUUGCGCGUUUCGCGGAAGGACACCGAGACCUGCCUACCCGAGGACGCCACCGCGAGGACGCCGUCAAACACCGGCGCCGCCCUUCUGCGCACGGCAGCGCUGGCAGUCGCGAGGGACUCGGCCUGCACCCAAACAGUACCAACUAACCGCUGACUACACUGCCCCUGGAGGCUGGACUCUCCAGCCUGGCCCUGGAGCCUCUGGAGCCCGGCCGCUGGACCAGGGCUGAAUGGCGAGCCCGUUGCCUAAUCGGAGCCGCACUGUUAAACCAGACGAACAUUCGUACUUUAAAAUGUGUAACACAUUGUGACUCUCUUCUUGCAAACUCUCUCGCUGCAAAGGCAAUGGUGGUGCUGGAUUCAGUUCUGGUCCACGUGUUUUAGUUGUUGUGUUUCACUUUUUAACAGUCUACUAGUCAACAUCUAGUCAAGUUUAUUCUAUAUGCGCGCUAGAAGCCAGGAUGCUGAUAUUUCGAGUUGCCAUUGUUGGACCAGUGCUCAACGUUUAUUUCCCGCCAGAAGAAGACAAAGUUGCGCUGUUGGUCUGAAGCCCAUCUUUGUGUAUUCCUUUAAUUUGUCCUGCAACGCGUUCCUUGUUUUCUUUAACGGUAGAGGCUCCCCCAGUCCCUUCCAAAUCCUGUCCCUUUUCCCGUAGGAACUUUAUGAUAGUAAUGGACCAAAAAACAACUUUUGCUUUCAACAUCAAGGAGUGGUUAUUUUUUCUCCCAGAUUAUUAAUUAUGUAUUGAUUAACGUAUUGUUAAGGGAAUAAUUUAUUCGAAAGAAAGUUGGUAUUUAUUAUGAUUAGCUCUGUUUUCUUAAAUUUGCCUGUCGAUCAGGUUUUUUUACUAUGUAGUAACGAGUACGAUUUUACUCUCUAUAGCUAUGAAGCACAUCGUUUUAUGUACAAUUUCUGCGGUAGAAACAAGUAUUGUUAUUUAUUGUCACUCAUCAUGAUUGGAAAUUUAGGAAGCUCAACCUUUGCCCACGUUUUGUUUUCUCAAGUCAUGUUUGGAUGCACUAGUUUCGCCAUGCCGUACUAUACUAGACUGUUUACAAUUGGUAGGUUUUUUUUUAAUACCCGGAGCAAAUAUAAAAUCCAGACCGUUUUGCAUUUUUAAUCACGUUUUCGACAGUGUAGGGGUGCAUUUCCGCGUGCUUCGCGGGCCUGUCUUAAUCCGAAGCGCCACGCACUUUUCAUCGGUCAGCGCGCUUCCCCAUCCGCUUUCCUCAUCUGCCUCGAGACGGCGUUGUCGUCUGUCUCGCUCUAGGCGCGCGCGCUCAAGCCGCUUCGUUCCAUGCGUGCGACGGGGUUUUCAAACACACUCAUCUCCCCCCAGAGCCUCGUGGAAACAUCUUCGUUGUGAACUCGCGCCGAGUCUACGUAAAAUAUUGUGCGUAAGUGAGGCGCACUAAUUAAAAGUGUAGGCUGCAAUUACGCACUAAAUUGCACGCAGAAGUACGUGCGUUGUGGGGAGGCAGUCCAUAAAGGAUCUAAUGUGAGGAAACCGGAAACACGCGAGGCCGCGCCCUCUCGGCCGCCCAUUAGUCAUGCGAGGAGUGGUGGCCGUAUUAGUCGCAUUUAAGUCUAUUUCUCUAGUCCCUCUCUCCGUCGUUUCGACAUACCACUAAGCGCUGUGAAAAUGCAAUAAAUGAGUGAGUGAGUGAGUAGCUUAAGAAAACGCAGGCUACUUCGGGAACCAAUGAUCCGUCUUGGCGCCGACAGGGCAGGCAGUCGUGGUCCUGCCUGUCCACAGAGGAAGGAAGGCACGGCAUCAGGUUGACGGCAACUGCCUGCACCAACCGCGCCUCGACGGCCCGAAACGCUCUUUGUUAUUAGAGUUUGCACACAUCGCACUUGAAUCGUAAUUAUUUCAAAAGCUCUCGCAACGUUCUGUCUUUUCUACUGGGAAGUGCACUUGUGCAUGUCAUGUUGUAUUUUCAAGUAGUCUGUUAUUUGUACUAUCGAUUAUUAUGAUUAUUAUUAUUAUCAUCAUCAUUAUUAUGAUUAUUAUUACCGUUUUAAACAAUUAUUGUUGUUAUAUUGUUCUUUUUACUAUGAUUCCCGUUUGUUUUUACUGUGGAAUCGUCAUGAAAGAUUAAUAGUGAGAUUAUUUCUAAUAAGGAUAUUGCAUAAGAAAUGUAAUGGCAUGUUAGUUAUUGUUAUUACAAUUAUGGUAAAUUUGUUUUUCUUCUUGUUGUGAUGUUAUGUUUGCCUGAAUCUUUGCUGGAGCACAGGUGUGGAGGUGAAGGUUAAGGUUUUAAACAAAUAGUCUUUAACGUGUUGAGGCCGUAGGGGUCGGCAGCGUGUUGUCUUGGGGCACAAUUCGUGUAUCUAAGCAGAGCCAUUUCCUUAAGUGAAGAUAUUCAAAGUGAUACUUAGCCACUCCCGUUUAAAUUCAAUGACUAGUCCGGUGUCACCGCAUUCGAAUAACAAAAUUCUUUGUUGGUUCCCGUACAAUUUGUUUUUAAAUCGCUCGCACGCGCGUUUGUGUCGUGCGUUCCGUUCAUUCCCGCCGGCUUGGUGGCUUAUUUCGCAGUCUGUUGCCAGCGGCAAGUCUCGCUUUGGACGUCUCCACUCUAGUUGCACGUAGUUCGUGUUGUUUGUUAAAUACCGACCACUUUUAAAAUGUUACAAUUUUCCCGCACUAAAUAUUCGAUUUUACCAAGGGAUUUUUCCUUAUUUUAGUACUCCCAUGUGAUCGAUUUUGUUCCGAUGUAAGUUGGAGCAAAACCUACGUAGACCUAAGUAUUAUUUUAUUGUCUUUAUUUUGUCACCGUCAUUCUCAUCGUCCCAUUCUUAUCAUUAGUGUUAUCAUUAGUCAUGGGUACUCAUCACUCACAUGCUAUGCCGCUUGCAUGUCAGUCAUAUUUUACAUAUUGACCAUGUAAAUACCUAUUAUUACUACCAGUAUAGCAAGCUGUACAUAAUUUCUUGUAUAUUUUUCGGAACAUGAUUUUCAAUAAAGGGAUUAAGCAGUUCCCGUGACGAGAUA